GCUCUUGUAGGGAUCCCACCCCUUUUGUGGGUUUUCAUUCUGAAGCUAUCCACAACUUUACACCUGAAUGAAUGCCAAGCCUCACUGAAUAUAUAAAGGAAACCUUCAAGAGCAAUUUCAGAGUUACCCAGAAGAAGCAGGAGAAAAAGAUUUCAUCCAGCUCUGUGAGACAGAACCAACCAUGCUUCUCUCUGCCAUUCACUUCUAUGGCUUUCUCCUAGCUUGCAUCUUCACGAAAAGCUACUUGGCUUUCAAGAACGAUGCCACAGAGAUACUUUAUUCACACGUCGUUAAGCCUGCUGCAGCGAGCCCAAGCAGCAACAGCACGUUGAAUCAAGCCAGGAACGGAGGCAGGCACUACACCAGCGCCGGAUCCGACCGUAACAAUCGUGUGCAGGUUGGCUGUCGGGAACUGCGAUCCACCAAGUACAUUUCAGAUGGCCAGUGCACCAGCAUCAAUCCACUGAAGGAGCUGGUAUGUGCUGGUGAAUGCCUCCCUUUGCCACUGCUCCCCAACUGGAUUGGAGGAGGUUAUGGAACCAAGUACUGGAGCAGGCGGAGCUCACAAGAGUGGAGAUGUGUCAAUGACAAAACUCGCACUCAGAGGAUCCAGCUUCAGUGCCAGGAUGGAAGUAUCAGAACCUACAAAAUAACUGUGGUCACAGCCUGCAAGUGCAAGAGAUAUACCAGGCAGCACAAUGAGUCCAGCCACAACUUCGAGGGAACCUCUCAAGCAAAACCUAUUCAGCAUCACAAAGAGAGGAAAAGAGCCAGUAAAUCCAGCAAACAUAGUACAAGUUAGAAGUCAGAUAUCCUGUCUCAUCUCCCUCUUGUCCUGCCAAAAUUGAACUCACCUGUAGCCAAUUACUUUACCAUUCUGACUGCUUAAAGACAAGUCUGCCAUUGCUGUGGUCUCAAUUGACACUAUAUGCUUAUUGCUUUGACCAAAAUCAAAAGGGGCAUUCUCAGCAUAUGGACCUUUCGGGUGAUCUGCCAAAUGCUCAAGAUGGGAAUAACACAAGUCUUCCAAACCCACAUGAUAAACUUUUACAUUUCCUCCAGCCAUGGAGGCAAAGAAAAUUUGCCAUGAAUAUUCACUGAAGUCUAUUUUGUAAAAAGAUGCUUUGUUGUGUGCUUUCAUGAGAACAGUUAUUAUGUCUAUUGCCUUCUAUAUAAUGUUUUAUGAACUUAUGACUUAUGAAACAGCUUAAAAAUAUACCACCUAGUAUCUGCUUUCAGAUUCAUUCUUAAAAAAUGCCUUGCAUGCUCACUUUUCUUUUAUUUCAGUAUACCAAAAAUUAAAAUAUGCAUGGCAGCAAUCAAAAAGUAAAGCUGAACAAACUAUUUAUUUGUUGUUGUAAUUAUUUAAUGAGCUUUUAUGUGUGUUAUUUCCUUCCAAAAUGUUAUUAUGUUUAUAGCUUUUCUCAUGUAUCAAAGUAUUUUCCUAUGAUUUGUGGCUGGUUUAGAACGUAUAUUUUGUAGAUAAUGUAAAAUAGACAUUUUAGCAUUCUUGGUAUAUAUUUUUUCAUUUUGAACAUUCAUAAACCUAGGUGUUGUUUUGAAGUAGCAACAUAAAACCUGUAUUUUUCACUCUCCACUCUGUAUUAUUUUUGUUUAAAAGUGUGCAAUCACAAGACAUACAAUGACUUUCUUUCAAAUUGUUUUUUGAUUAUUUUUUUUUUUUACAAAAAUAAACACUGCUAAAAAA